AUGCAUACGUUUGUUGACGCUAGCGAAAAUGGUUUCGCUGCUGCUGUGUACCUGAGAUAUAAAGAAGGAAAUUCCAUUGAAUGUACCCUGGUAUGCGCAAAAACAAGGGUUGCUCCGUUAAAAUUUUUGUCCAUUCCACGUUCGGAACUGCAGGCAGCCGUGCUGGGUGUUAGGUUGGCCAAUACUGUUCAGAGAGCGCUUACAGUCAAAGUGCAUCAACGGUUCUUCUAUACGGACGCAAAAGACGUAUACUGUUGGCUGAAUUCAGAUCAUCGAAGAUACAGUCAGUUUGUGGCUGUAAGAGUCAGCGAAAUUCUUGAAAGUACAGAGACGCACGAAUGGUUUUGGAUACCCUCAAAUGCUAACGUUGCUGACGAGGGAACUAAGUGGAAGGACAUCCCCAAGCUUAACCCUACUGGCCGGUGGUAUCGUAGUCUUGAGUUCCUGUGGAAACCGCAACAGGAUUGGCCGCUGGCAUCGCGAAAUAUUGGUACGACGGACGAAGAACUUCGAUCUCAUUUACUGGUUCAUACCGCUGUACUACCAUCAGUCAUACCGAUAGAAAAAUUUUCAUGCUGGAAAAAAUUGCUCCGUUGCACCGGCAUGGUUCUCCGAUACGUUAACAACUUAAGGCGCAAAAUGGGAAAUGAGCCUAUCCUCAGUGGACCACUAACACGCAACGAGCUGGUUCAAGCUGAGAGCUAUCUGCAUCGUAUAGCUCAAGGAGAUUAUUACGCGGACGAGAUAGCUGUGCUGAUGCUGAACCGUGAAAUGCGGAGCCAAGAAAGAUCAAUCCCGAAAAGCAGUUCAGUUUAUCGGCUCUGUCCCUUCUUGGAUGAGAAUAACGUGCUCAGAGUUCGAGGUCGCACUUCCGCCUGCAAGCUGAUUGACCAAGAUGCAGCAAACCCUAUCAUUCUACCCCGCGAUCACCAUAUAACUAUAUUAAUAGUGAGAAAUCACCAUCAACGGUUCCAUCAUCAAAACCACGAAAUAACGGUCAACGAGCUACGACAACGCUUCUCCAUUGCACGGCUAAAAGCUGUAUACAAAAAGGUUCGAGCAGACUGUCAACAAUGCAAAAUCGACUGCGCAGCUCCGCGUGCACCAGCAAUGGCAGAUCUACCUGCAACACGCCUUGCUGCAUAUUGUCGACCAUUCACAUACAUAGGAGUGGACUAUUUCGGACCAUUCACUGUAUCUAUCGGUCGUCGUACGGAAAAAAGGUGGGGUGUGCUUGCGACGUGCCUUACAACUCGUGCUAUACAUCUGCAAAUCGCUCACACGCUGUCCACAGACUCUUGUAUCGUGGCCUUACGUAACAUAAUGGCUAGAAGAGGAGUGCCAGCGGUUAUUUGGAGUGACCGGGGUACCAACUUCCAAGGUACUGAUAAAGAACUCCAAUCAGUGCUCCGAAACAUCGAUCAAGAUCGGCUCAUGGCGGAAUUCAUUUCAACGUACACCGAAUGGCGCUUCAACCCACCUGCAUCACCACACAUGGGGGGAGCAUGGGAGCGACUUAUCAGGACCGUAAAGCAAAAUUUGUCGAAGAUAGCAUCCUCUAGAGUGACGACUGUUGAAGUGCUGGAAAAUGCUCUAGCCGAAGUAGAAAAUAUUGUCAACUCCAGACCGUUGACAAAUAUUCCUAUCGACGAUGACAAUUCUCCCGUGCUAACGCCCAAUCACUUCUUGAUCGGUUCGUCUAAUGGCUUGAAGCCAUGGGUACCCUUCGACGACAGUCCGAUGGGCCUACGAAGUAACUGGAAACUUUCCCAGGCUAUGGCCAACUCGUUUUGGAGACAAUGGCUUCGAGACUACUUGCCAACGAUUACGCCAAAUGGUUCACUAACACGAAGCCUGUUGAAGUAA